AUGGAUGACUUGACAUUCGGAUCACACAGGCUAGUUCAUCUCGAUCUUAAAGGAGCACCACCGCGAGUAUCUUAUUUCGAAAAGUUAUUUCCACUAUUGAGAACAUGGGGCGCAACUGGACUGUUAGUGGAAUGGGAAGAUACAUUUCCAUAUAACCGCGAACUGUCAAGAAUUGGAAGUAACGGACCCACUAGCUUGGGUAGUGGAUAUACUGUCCAAGAAGCCCAACAUAUUUUGCAGAUUGCUGGUGACUGUGGGUUAGCUGUCAUACCUUUAAUACAAACAUUUGGACAUUUAGAGUUUGUUUUAAAACACGACGAAUGGAGAUCAUUGAGAGAAGUGGAAAAUUUUCCCAGCUCAAUAUGUCCGUCAAAUCCUGGAACGCUGCCUCUGGUAAAGUCUCUAGUCCGUCAAAUAGUUUCCUUUCAUCCUGACAUCCAGUACUUGCAUAUUGGAGCCGACGAAGUUUGGCAUAUGGGUCUAUGUGACGUCUGCUCCAAACGAGCCAGCUUGAGCAAGCAUGGAAAAUUUUCUCUUUACCUGGAACAUGUACUGGCAACUGCUCAGUACAUUAAGGAAAUGUACCCGUGUCUCAAGAUUAUUGUCUGGGAUGAUAUGAUGAGAUCUAUUGAUUUAGAAGCAUUAAAUGAACACUAUGUUGGGAAGUAUGUUGAACCAAUGAUAUGGCAUUACAAUUCACGUGAAACAUUUUCUUUGACUCAAGAAUUAUGGAAUAAAUUCAGUGCAGUAUUUCCAAAUAUAUGGGCAGCAACGGCUUUCAAAGGCGCAACUGGAUCAACCCGACAAAUCCCAGUGAUAAGUCACCACAUAAGUAACCACGAGCGGUGGCUGGAGGAAUUGGGAACUCAUGUAAACAAAGUUAAUGAAUUUCGAGGUACAGCUUUUACUGGAUGGUCGCGGUAUGAUCACUACGCGACGAUGUGUGAAUUAUUACCCGCAGCGAUACCCUCGCUGGCGCUGUGCUUGAGAGUAUGGUUGCAUGGAUACUCAGAACAAACGCAUAUGCAAGUUGCCAAAAGUCUCGGAUACAUUGAUCAUCCGCUGCACAUUAAUCCACAAAUCAGACCUGCUCCAAUUCCUAGUAAUCUAUCGUAUCCCGGAUGGCAGCUGACUGGUGGUAUCGAAUGGUUUUUAAAUUUCAAAGUAAAAUUCGAUAAUACUGUUAACAGUGAACAAAUAACAACAUGGAUGAAUCCUUGGCAGGUAGCUAAUAAUUACACAAACCCGAUGCAGCUUGAAAGUUUGGUUCCUGCAUUCACAGAUAUGCUGCUUGAACAUUCGUCAUUGGAGUCGUACCUGAAAGUUCAAAUGGAAACAAUUUUUUUCCCACCUAUGAUUGACGAGUGGAUUGGUACGCACUUACAACCGAUAAGAAAUAAAUUAUUAGAAUUAAAACUUACAGUCGAGAACCAGAUUAAAAUAAAUAGUCGCAGAUAA